AAAAACCCAUAAAUCAAAAAUCGUUACCCACAUUUCUUUCAUUCUAUCCUAAUAUUCAUCACUCAACCUUAGCUCACAAAACCAAAAAAGAAAAAAACAGAGAGCUUAGGCGGAGAAGAAGAGGAAGCAGGAACCAAACAACAACAAUGGCUGUCUCAACAAUCUACUCAACACAAGCUCUCAACUCAACUCAUUUCUUAACCUCUUCUCCAUCUUCUUCCUCCUCGAAACAAGUCUUCUUCUACCGUCGUCAAUCCCAAACCAACCGUAGAUUCAACACAAUCAUCACUUGCGCCGCACAACAAACCAUCGUGAUCGGACUCGCCGCCGACUCCGGAUGCGGCAAAAGCACCUUCAUGCGGAGGCUCACAAGCGUCUUCGGCGGCGCCGCCGAGCCACCGAAAGGCGGGAACCCCGAUUCCAACACACUCAUCAGUGACACGACCACUGUGAUCUGUCUCGACGACUACCAUUCCUUGGACAGGACUGGUCGCAAAGAGAAAGGAGUCACUGCUUUGGACCCACGCGCCAAUGACUUUGAUCUUAUGUAUGAGCAAGUCAAAGCUCUCAAGAGUGGUGUCGCCGUCGAGAAACCGAUUUAUAAUCACGUCACUGGACUUCUUGAUGCGCCUGAGCUUAUUCAGCCUCCCAAGAUUCUCGUCAUCGAAGGUCUUCACCCAAUGUUUGAUGAGAGAGUAAGAGACUUGUUGGACUUCAGUAUCUACUUAGACAUUAGCAAUGAGGUCAAAUUCGCUUGGAAAAUACAGAGGGACAUGGCUGAAAGAGGUCACAGUUUAGAGAGCAUCAAAGCAAGUAUCGAAGCCCGAAAGCCGGACUUCGAUGCAUUCAUUGACCCGCAAAAGCAGUAUGCAGAUGCAGUCAUAGAAGUGCUUCCUACACAGCUGAUUCCUGACGACAAUGAAGGCAAAGUGUUGAGAGUGAGAUUGAUAAUGAAGGAAGGUGUUAAAUACUUUAGCCCUGUUUACUUGUUCGAUGAAGGUUCGACCAUCUCGUGGAUCCCUUGCGGUCGCAAACUCACCUGCUCGUACCCUGGCAUUAAGUUCAACUACGAACCUGAUUCCUACUUCGACCAUGAGGUUUCGGUUUUGGAGAUGGAUGGGCAAUUCGAUAGACUGGACGAGCUGAUUUACGUGGAGAGUCAUCUGAGCAACCUCUCGACCAAAUUUUACGGUGAAGUGACUCAACAAAUGCUCAAGCAUGCUGAUUUCCCUGGUAGCAACAACGGGACUGGUCUUUUCCAGACCAUUGUUGGAUUGAAGAUCAGAGAUCUCUAUGAGCAGCUCAUUGCAAGCAAAGCCACUACUCGUGCAGAAGCUGCUAAAGCCUAAAAGACAACAAUGCAAAAUAGAUACCCGUCGAUAUAUCCAUUCGCAGUUUCUUUCUUUCUUUCUUUGGCUUUAUGUGUUUGUUUACCCGCGGAUUUUCAUAAAGGACGGUCUUGCUUGUUUGUAAUUUGUGUGGAGAUUAAAAAAAAAAAAGCCUGUAAUGUAGAGAAGGUAAUAGCAGAGCAAUAACAAUUCAGUUCAUACAA